GUAAUUUCAGUUUGUUUGCAUUCUUGUUCUUUUUGAGGGACGAGCGUAAUCUCAAGAAUUGAAUGACGAAUUCUCUUAUUAGUAUUAGAUUUUGAUACUAAUAGAGAUCAUUCAUGAUUAUUUCUUAAUCGUUCUUUUAAGUCGGCUACAUUGUUUUCCAAAAACUCAAAGAUGGAGGAGAUUGUUUUGGAACCAAAGGAUGCAGUCGAUUGGUCAUAUAGAGGCGAAGGAGCUGUAAAUUUGGUUCUCGCUUACAUUGGAUCUUCUCCCACUUUCUUGGGAAAGAUGAUGAGGAUACAUAAAAUGCCAAAAGAUGGGAAUGAAAAUGGAGACAAAAGUGAAAAUGGUCUAACUACUCAUGAAAAGCUUAUUUGGAGAGACGUUAAGGAACUUGUAUCUUGCCAGAACAAGGAGAUUAAAGAGUAUUUGUUUGUCAAACAUGUCAUGAGACCUUUGUUGGGUCGUAAACAUGUCAAUCCUGGAAUACGUCUUCUUGUAGCAAAGGAAUUUCUUGAAUCUGUUGAGAAUAUUAUAACAUCUCAGCGCCCUUCUUGGCGAGCUGAUGCAGCCAGUGUUGAUACUAACCGCAGUUCCGUGCUUCUCAUGGAUGAUUUGACACUUUUCGCUCACGGUCAUGUUGAGGAUAAACCAUGCUUAAGUGUUGAAAUAAAGCCCAAAUGUGGAUUUCUUCCAUCUUCAAGUUUCAUAGCUGAAGAAAAUGUUAUUAAGAAGAGUAUAACUCGUUUCCAAAUGCACCAACUUCUGAAGCUUAAGGAAAACGAGAUAUCAGAAAUCAGUGAGUAUGAUCCCUUAGACCUAUUCUCUGGUUCCAAAGAUAGAAUACACAGAGCAAUAAAAGCACUCUACGCCACACCUCAGAACAAUUUCCGCGUGUUCUUGAACGGUUCUUUGGUAUUUGGAGGCUUAGGUGGCGGCACAUGCAAAACAACUUCAAAGGUUGAAGUAGCUUUUGAGCAGAUACUCAAAGAUAUCAUCAAAACCAAUGAUGGCUUACGUGCAGAUCGUUUCAUAGAGCUUGUAGCAGAAACUGUUUACUCAUCCGAAGUUCUAGAUCAGCUUCUAGACGUCCAAAAGCUGGACAAAUAUAACAUCGAGGGAGCGAUUCACGUGUACUAUGACUUGAUUGACCAGCCAUGUAAAGUGUGCAGAGACUUGGAGAAGAGUAAAUCAUUAAAUCAAUAUAGUUCCAUGCAUUCAAUUCCACUGGAUGAAAAAGUGAAUAUUUUGAAAGAUUUUCUAAUAUCUGCCACUGCAAAGGACUGUAGUGUAAUGAUGAGUUUUAGAUCAACAGAAGUUGGGCUCUCAAGGUCAUCUUCCCACAGUAAUCUUCAUCUCGAAUCAACAAAGCAAGAAUUUGAGUAUAAGGUACAUUUCAUUGAUCUUGAUAUGAGACCUUUGAAGAAAAUGGAAGUCUAUUACGAAUUAGAUAAGAAGAUCAUGAACACAUACCACCUGGAGAUGCUGAAGAAGAAAGGAGAUCAACCUUGAUGCUUCUAGACUUUUCAUAUUUCAUAGAGGGUGCUCUCAAAAACAUUCUUGAUUGGUAGUAAGUAUUUUUAUGUUUCAGUUCUCACGUAACAGGUUCCUACUCUUUUCACUUCUCUCAAUUCAUAAGACUCAUUUGUACUAGAUGAUAUGCAAAGAAUCCCACAAAAUAAGAGAUAGUGUAGAGCUUGGUCGUACUAAACGCACAAAAUUACAGAUCCACUAAAAAGU